AUGAUCGAUGUAUCGAGAGUCCUCGAGGCCGCCGAAGACUCUCGUGCGAAAAAUAGGAUUGUACUUUAUGCAUCUUCUGUAAUGAAGUACAACUACGAUGGCGGCGAAGAGCCCAGAAUUUUAAUCAUAUCAGAUUCUUCAGUAAUUUACUAUAUGUAUUCCAAAUCAUUAGUAGAAACAACAUCAUGCUCGUGGUGUAACCUAACGGGCAUGAGAUUUGAAGGAAAUAUCAUCUCAUUAACUUUUGGAACCGAGAUAUUCUCUUUUAAAGCGAAAGAUCCGUAUGAUAUCUCUCAGAAAAUACUAGUUUAUCUUCAAAGAACAAAAACAUACGUCGAAAUCGAUUUAAUAUACCCAUUUUCCAUAAAUGAUUACAAUUAUCUGCCAAAUGCUAUUGGUUUGCUAACGAGAUUCAAGAAUGUUUGCGAAAAAGUUAACCUGCCAAUAACCGAUGAUAUUAUGAGCUAUUUACGCGAUAUUAUCAUACAUAAUCGUCCAAUUAUUGAUACUUCAAAUUCCUCAGUCACAGAGCCAUAUUUUGUACCUAUUAUGGCUACAAUACAGCUCGCGAAGUGUAUUCGAACAAUUGUAAUCACGAAUUCGCGAAAUGGAAGUUUAUUUUCCAUUUUUGCAAAUUUUCUUCAAUCAACAAUAUCCACGUUUUCUCAUAUACACAUAUUCGGAGAUUGUCUACAAGGAUUUGAAAAUCUUUGCGCUUCUCUAAAAAAUACAGAUAAUUGUGCCGUCUCGUCAAUUUCUUUCUCAGAAUGUAAUCCGUCUGACUCGAAUAUCAAGUCAUUACUCGAAUUGUGCAAAGCUCGCAUCAUUAGCAGCUUAGCUUUUCGAAAUAUUUCGAAAUUUAAUUUUAUGCGUUUAUUUUACGAUAGCAACUACAGAGCUGUUGUCAAUACGAUCACAAUGCUCAACUUUGAUGACACUGUGAACCUCGAUAUCGCUUUAAUUCUCCAAAAUUUCAAAAACUUGACAUCUUUGUCAUUAGCGCGUUGUAACAUUGAUAUUCCGGUUGUUCUUGACAUGAUUUCGAACUCAGACAAUCAAAAAAUCGGAAUGGUCUGUCUUGUUGGAAAUUAUUGCAAAAAUGAGUUCAGAAAGAUUCCACCUCUUUAUCUAUUAGACAUUUCAUCAGUUACUUUUGCGAAAGGAACUCUUCUUUCCUAUUUCUACUACUUAUUUUCGAAGAAUAUUCCUCAUGAGCUAAAUUUGAGGAUUUCCAACGCUAUUUUAUCAGACCUUACAGAAUGGGACAACAUAUUCGAACUUAUGGACUCCCAGGACACUCAUUGCUUCAGCGGACUUUCCUGGUGCGGAAAUCCGAUUCACAAGAGUUUGAUUAACCUUCUGCCAAAGAAUACUGCAUUGGAAGAACUCAUACUAGAUAAAUGUGACCUUUCACAUGUAAUUAAUGAUUUAUGUAACGUAAUUCCGAAAUUAAGAAAAUUAUUAACGUUUUCUUAUUCGGGAAGAGCUUUACCUGAUGCUCUAAAGAUUGUACAAGCUCUGUCAAGUGUUAAUAUCAACGAACUCAAGCUAGAAGACACAAAAUCCGGUGAUGAUUUACUUGAUGAGCUUUCUACGCUUGCCAAAUCAUCGAAAGAGCUUUAUUUGAUAUCUUUCGAUGGUUCUGAGUUUAAUUCCUAUGAAUGCUUCGAUAAAUUGAUUGAUAUUAUUGAGCAAAGAUCAAUUAAAUUUACAUUGUGCUGGCCAACUAAAGAUAUCGAGAGAUUGAAGCUGGAAGAACAAGAAGUAUCGAUGUUUAGAGCUAGAAUUUGGUCUUUCUUUAAUCAACUCGAAGAAAAUAAAGUUGAUUAUCUUGAUUUGUUCGAUCCAGCCCUCAAACCGUUCCAAUACUCGCACUAUAGUGUUUAUUUCCCUAUGAAUAAUGUGCUGGAAGAGCUUGAAUGCCCUCAAUUCGAUCAAUAUCCUCAAUAUUAUAAUCAAUACGUCUCUUACGUGGAAAAGAAGAUCUCUGAUUAUAAUAAAUUGAAGAUUGAGCAUGUACAGAAGACAAAUCCUGUCCCAAUUUCAAGCGAAGAUGUAUUAACAAGAGAUUUUUGUCAGGCAUUCAAUAGUUCUUCAUCAGAUUUCGAUGAUAUCGAUUUUACUAAUGAAUAUGAUAUCAAGGAAUUCAAUGAUGAAGAGAUUGGCCUCUUGUUGUCGCAAGAAAAGGAGAAAACAAUUAAUAUUGAUUUGGAAAAGUUCAAAACGAACAAAGUUUCUACAUUCACUGUUACAGAGAUCCCUUAUUUUAUCAAUCAAGCAGAAAAUAUUGAAAAUGAAGAAAAAUCAGUUUCAAAUUCAAGUGAAAAUUUAGUUGCUAAUAAUUAUGACCCAGAAAACAACUAUAUUGCUAAACUUCAGACAGCAUUAGAUACAAGUCAAGCAAAAAUCGAGCAUCAUAAACUAAUCUCAAAUUCAGAAGAAUAUUCUGAAGAUGUCCCUACAUUAAACCUCGAAUCAGAAAGAAACCCUGUUGAAUCAUUAGAUCUUUCCUAUGAAACUGUUGAUUCUAUAGCAGAUAAACUAAAUUCACAGGAAAACAAAGGAGAACUGUUACUUAUAAGUAAAGAUGAUAAGAUGUUAGACUCUUUAGAACAGCCUAUUCCUGUUCUAAACACUCCAGUUUUCUCAAAUCUCAAACCAAAUAAUUCUAUUCAGAAAAAAUCGGUCAAGAACUCACCAGCAUUAGAUGAACAAGCUCUUUUCCAAAGUUUGGAUUCUUUGGAUAACUUAAGUCAUCUACAACAGAAUAAUUCCAAAAUUAAUCAGUCUAAAACAUCCAAUAUCUUAUUAAGCGAUGAAAAGAUUGAUCUUGGAAGUCAAAAGAAAGAUAAAAUUAUCUUCUCGUCAGCGGAAAUUCUUCUUCCUUACGAAUUAAACAGUAUUGAAUUCUUGGAACCGAGCGAAACACUCAAAAGCCACUCCUCAUCUGCAUCAUUGCAGAGUAGUGAUGAUAAAAUGCCUAAAGCAAGAAGAGUUUCUAAUGCUGUUGCUUCUGAAGAACAAAAUUCAAAAAUUGAGACAAAGAAAUCUCAAGAAGAAUCAUCUAAACUUGAACCUAAAAAGCAAAAUGCUCAUAGAAGAAGAUCUCAUGAUAGUAAUGAAGGUUCAAAAAGUGACAUGAGGAAGUCACCGAACGAUAACGAUAAAAAUAAAAAGUCACCAAGUGAAAAUAAAGAAAACAGAAGAAAAUCCACAGAAGACGAUAAAAUUCAGAAAAGAAAAUCACCAAAUGAACAUGACUCAAAAAGUGCCAAGAGGAAGUUCCCCGAUGAAGAUUCGGACAAAAACACAACAGACGUAAAUGUUGUUUUAGAUGGUAAAAUGAUGAGUUAUGAUGACUUCAGUAGUGACAGGAAACGUGAUAGUUCUAGACAAAAGAAGAGGAGAUCUAAACAUCGAAGUUACGACGAAGAUGAAAAGAAUUUACAAAGGAACAACAAUAUAAAGCGUCGUAAAUCGAUAGAUAAAGAGAAGAAGAACUCUUUGGCAUCCCAAAUACCUCUCCAAAAGCGAAGAAGUUCAGCAGAAGAAAAACAAGAAGUGAAAAUGACAAGAAGUAAAAGCAGAGAAGAGUUAAGACGUAAGAGUUAUGAAGAAGAAGGUAGAGAUGACAAGAGAUGGAUGAAUAUAAACCAUCACGAAGAAGAACACAAAUUCAUUAAAUCUAAUUCACAAAGUGACAUCGUCCUUAAUAUCGAAGACAAUGUAAAACAAUCGAUACUUGCUGAAGAAGAGCUUUCUCCACGUAAAAGGUCUUCUUCUCUCUUGGAAACUCAAAAACCAAACGUCAAAGAACUAAAUAAAUCUCCACAAAGGCGUGAUAGAAGAUCAAUGACAAUUACAGCAGAUAAAUCACCGCUAGCUGCUGAAUACGAAGAGAUUCCUUACAGAAAACCGAAAUUUAGGUUUACAAUUGAAUGGUUUUCGGUCAAAUCAUCGAGGGAGAUAUUCAAUAAGAAAGACCAUAAAUACAGAUUAUCCAAAUUGAUUAAUUACUUAGAAAACGAAAGUGAUGAUGAUGAAUAA